UCCCCGGCAGCUCCAGCAUCCCCGGCAGCUCCAGCAUCCCCAGCAUCCCUGCCGGGACGCGCCGCGGAGCACACAGACACUGCCAUGACUGUGAGACGCUACCCCACCGUCUCCCCAGCUCCUGCUCCUUCCAGCACAAGGUCCCACUGGGCUGGCAGGAAGCCUCCAAGCUCUGGGCUCCUGGAGGUGCCAGGCAGAACCCAGCCACCAGCCCCUCCUGCUGCAGCACAGCUCAGCAGGGAAGAGGAGAAAGGGCUUGAAAAAUCACCAGCCAGUUGUCUCUCCUACAGCCACUCCAGCAACGUGAAGCUGUUUCAGGAGCACGUCUAUAAGUGCCAGGGUAAAGUGAAGGCUGUGAGUUUCCUCUUACCAACAGAUAUGUCAUCAUUUGCUGAAAAGCAAGGUUCUCUCAAAAGCCCACAAAAUCAGAGCACAAAACAUCUGAUGACCAUCACUGAAAAGGAUAUGUGAGCUGGUGAAUUUUUAAAGGCCCAUUGACUCCCGAGAUAAAUUGGCCUUAAAUGAUAGCUGUGUGUCAGGUUCCUCUGCUGCAAAACGUUUUGGCAGGAUGCCCACAGAGCAUCACCCAGCCGUGUUUUGGGUCACUGGCCUGAUGUUCAGCAUGGAAAUGGAAGCCACAACAGAGCCAGCUGGAAGCCCAGGCACUGUGAUGAAACCACACAAAGCAAAGGUGCCUCCACCAAGUCCUUCUGUGCAAUGUGUCCAAGGACCCCUCACCUCAGGACUGUGCACAGGGUGCUGAAGCUGGGUUUGGUGUGUUUGUCACAAAAAGCAGAAACUGUGGCAUCACUUGUGUUUGCUGAUUCCCGUGACAGAAAGGUGUCUGAUGCAAAUGACAAAAUAAGAGCUAUCUAAGAGCCUGUGGGGUUUUCUCUGUAGGUAAAACUUUCAAGCUUCACUAAUACAGCAAAGUUAAGGAGAUAUUACAGAGUCAGUCAAUGUUGCCUGAAUUUCUGCAAAGCUUGGCAGAAACCCUUUUGGGGUUCCCUUCUAACAGAGCACAGGAGAGAGUAAGUACUUAUUGGUAUGAAAAUGUGGCUUCAAAUCUGCUUCUCACAUGGUGUGCACAUCCUGCUGGAGACUAAAGGCUGGACACCAAGUCAAAAUAGGAAGAACUGUGAAUAUCAGAAUUUUUUAGGAAUGGCUUCUCAGCACAGCUCAGACCAAAAAUCAUUAGCAGAAAUUCAGCAAGCAAGUACAAUAUAACUGUGAGAUAGAACUACAGACAGCUUGUAAAAAAUGAGCAGUGCUUGUUAGUCUAAUCAUAUAAGUGAAGAUAACAUUCCAUGUGUUUAUUUUGAUUACAGCUAUUUAUGGAAUCAAAAUACUGCACACUGCUAUUUCUUUCUGUACAGGAAGCACUGAUGAUUAAAUAUUGUAUAAAGAAUACAUGAAUAGUAGAUGUUUGUACAGAUAACUUCAAGGAA